AGGCAGGAUGAGCAGUCCCCAGAGGCACCCAGAGAGGGUUUUGGCUGGGAGCCAGCAGAGUGUGGAGCGUGUCAGUGAGGUGCCAGGCACGGACAGGCAGGAGCAGGCUGCUCACACCGGGGACAGUGACAGGACUGAAGAAGGUGCAGAAACCCUGGAGGAGCCAGUGCUGAGUUUCCCCAGUGAGCUCUCGGUGCUGGACAGACUAGGCUUGCACAGGGUGGCUUUGACAGAGCAGGAUCUGGAGGCAGCCUUUGCCCACCUCGCGCUGGCUUUUCGCUGUGACAUGUUCACCCUGCAGCAACGGGUUCAGGUGGAGAAACGGGCACGGGAUGCAGCAGAGGAAAACAUCCAGGAGGAGCUGGGGCAGUGCCGGGCUGCCCUGGAGAGGCUGGGUCCAUCCUGUGCCAGUGUGGGCUGCAAGGAGAUGCUGGAGCAGCUGCAGCACAACCUGGCUGUGCUGUCGGCAGCUGUCGAGCGAGCAACCAGCGCUGCGGAGAAGCUGGGGGCUGUACACCAGGAGGCCCGGAUGAGCCGAGCAGCAGAGGUGAUGGUCCAGCACGUGGAGAACCUGAAGCGGCACCACAUGCGGGAGCACGCGGAGCUGGAGGAGAUGAAGCGCCUGAUCCAGCAGAACUCCCGCAACCGGCAGCUGGCAGAGACCCAGGAUGAUGUGGAGCCACGGCUGAGGCCUCACCCUCUGAAGCGAACUUUCCAGCAGUGCAGGACCAGUGGGAGCUGGCAGUGUCCCUUCUCCUCGGUGUCCCUUGCCUUUGCUGGGGAGGUGAUAGGGAAGGAGGUGAUGAGAAGCAGCCGGUGUGGUGUUCACCCCCAGCCCCUCUGUUGCAGGGGUCUGCCCGCCGCAGAGUCAGCAUCGCUGUCAUCCCCAAGCAGCUCUUGGAGUGAACUGGAGCCACAGGGCCAGGGCAGUGCCAUGACUGAGGAGCUGGUGGCUGAGGCAGAUGGCAGAGGCUCAAGGGCAGGGGAUGAGGAGCCGGAGCAGCUUGGGCUGACGUCCAAGGGAUCUGCAGUGGAGCUGUGGCGGCCGUGGCUCUUCCUCCCGCAGCACUACUGGGUUUUCUUCUGGCUGCUUCUCCUGAGCAUCGCCUUCCUCCUCCUCAUCCGUGUCCUAGAGCUGCAGCGGCUGCAGUCUGCAGCAUCGCCCAAGGCCUAG